AUGCAGUUCAUGUGCGACACCCUGACCAACAGUUGUGGCGCUGAUGCCACGGCCAAGGCGAUGUGCAAAACCGCGCCUGCUGCUGCCGAUGCCGCCUCGAAGGGCACCGGUGCUCAGGCUGAUGCUUUCAACGCUGCGUUCGGUAUCACGACUGAUUGUGCCGCACUCGCCGUUAUCAGCAACACCGGUACCACGAUCUCUCCUGGUGCUAACCCGGUGGGUCGAUUUAUCGGACGUGUCCAUCCACUACCUGUAGUCCAGGAGAGAUCUCCCCCUGGUAUAUAUGCCCAAGGGGGGUGA